GUCCCCCCGUCGUCAUAGCCGGACAAACCCUAGGGAAGAGGGCCGAGGAGCCGGCCCCGGCCACCGUACGACCUCGGCAGCCUCUCCGUGCUGCCCGCCCCACCCAUGGCGCACGAUAUCAGGCCGUGAAGAGGCAGCCCCUUACCCCAACCUAGCCCCCUCCCAAGGGCGACGCCGCGGCUGCGAUGGCCAAGGACAAGAACAAGGUCGCUCCCGCCGACGGCGCCCUCGUGAAGCAGGGCUCCGCGAAGCGCCGGAACCGCAAGGCCUGGCCCGGCGACGAGGCCGCCGAGGACAAGUCGCCGAAGAGCGGGAAGCGCCGCGACAGCAAGAAGAAGAAGAAGUCGUCCAAGUCCAAGGAGGAGACGAAGGAGGAGACGUCCUCCCCACAACGCGGCAAGCAGUUCAAGGCACCUACUCAGAAGAGGACUUCAGGAUUGAACGGCGCCGCGGACGCCGUGAAAGCUUCGUUAGCAGCAGUGGGCGGCCCCUCGGACAAGUACGCCAUGGCCGCGGAGGAGUCGUAUGAGGACCGCCAGAAACGCCUUAAAGAAGCUGAAAAAAAGAGGAGGGCCGAGAAACGCAGCAAGAGGUUCAAGAAGCUCUGGCAGAUGUUCGGUGCGGACUCCGCGUCUUUGCCGCACGUUUCCGAAGUUCAAGUUGCGUCUUCAUGAUCAUCAGAGAGUCUACGCGCCUCGCGACGGAGUCAUUCACCCACAGGCGUCCCGGAGACGAUCAAGCUCGAGACCGUCGCGGCGCGGGAAGCGGUCAACGCUCUCAAUCUCACGCAAAAAGAUUUGAGGCACCUGAAGCGCGAGUUCGACGAGAUCGACGUCGACCAGUCCGGUUCGUGUUUCCGCGUUUGACGCCUUCGACGCGCGUCGGGGCCGUCGCGGCGAUGGCGUGGGGUUGACGCGGUCGCCGCGCCGCUCACGCUCGCGCCACGCAGGCUCCAUGGACGCCGUCGAGUUCUUCGACAUGCUCGACGAAGAACGCACGCCGUUGACCGACGAAUUGUUCGCGCUCAUGGACCUCGACGGGAGUGGCACCAUCGAGUUCGACGAGUUCAUUGCGGUACUCUUAACCUACUGCAUGUACACGAAGGACGACAUAUUACGGUUCUGCUUUGAUACUUUUGACAAGGAUAAAUCCAAUAGUAUUGAUGAAAAUGAGUUCAUGGCACUACUCAGUACAGUGAAUAAUGGCGCACCCUUGUUCCCGGGCAACAUGGGCACGGCAUUGAUGAACUUCGACAGUAAUGACGACGGCCUCAUCGACUUCCAGGAGUUCAAGGUUAUUGAAACUAGAUACCCGAUGAUUUUUUUUCCUGCUUUUAGACUACAAGAUAGGAUGCAGCAAAAAACAUUAGGUGAAACGCGGUGGCGCGACCUCAUGAAGUCGGUGCAGAAACAGCGCUUCAAGAACGAGCACCGGCGGACGCACGGGCGCGAUCCACCACUCACUUAUGUAGAGACGUUUCAGAAGGUGGUCUGUUGUAAAAGACCGAAGGAGUACGACAUCCAAGUUAUUGAUAGCAAGCGCCCUUCAAUCACGUCCGCCAUCGAAGCCGCCGAGAAGAAGAAGGCGAUCAUGGAGGGCGGGAAGAAGAAGCGGAGUUCGCAGGCGGAGGACGACUAGUGGUACAUAGUAAGACUUUUUAUAGUUG